UAGCUAUCCUUCUGAGUAUCUUUCUGUUUGCCAAAGCUGCUGCAAUCUCUCAUGGUGGGGAUUUUAUACCAACGUAUUUAGCCCUUCUCCAUAUCACUCUAUUGUUAGAACUUUCACCCCUUUUGGACAUGGUAGCAUCUGUCUUCCGAACAGCAACAUUACAACAGUGAUGUUUAAUCAGGAAGGAGGUCUAGUGACUAAUAAGGGUGAAGAAAUGGUCAGAAAAUGGAAAUGGCCUUGGGAUGGCAAACUUGCCCAGCCUGUUAUAGCACAGGUUAAUGAGUACAUCACAGUGAGGAUUGCAGGGCACUUUGCAAUUACCUUGUUCUACAAGUGGCAACAUGAAAGCGUGUGCUUGUGUUUGUCACCGCUGCAGGGUGCGGCUCUUCCACAGUUAGAAUUGGAAUGGACUGCAUACGCCUCCAGAAAAUGUCUGGCCUUCCUCUGCGACCCUUAAAGAAGGGCAUAAUUCAGCCUGCAGAUGCUCUCCCAGUUACCUCAGGUAUGCAGAGAUCACAAAGGAAGAGGAAGAAGAACACCCAAGCUCCAAAGUCAGAAACGCCUCUCCUUUUAGAUCAAAUGCAGACGACUCCUCCUUACAGCAUGCAGCAGGAACCAUGCUCUUAUCCUCUCAGGGACAAGCUGCGGGUCACAUCCCAGGCUGCUUGUCCUGCUGUGCUUCGAAGAAUUAUGAUGAGGAAGGAAGGAAAGACAUGCAGGUGCAGUAAUCAUUGGAUUCCCUAUGUGUCACACCUGGAGUAUGAUCACCUCAUUAACAAUCAGAUGUCCUUUAAGGAGCAGAUUAUAGUGGUCUGUGUCUCAUCUUCACAAACGAACAAGGAUCCUAGUGAAGACAAGAUAGAACAGCUGUAUAAGAGAAACAAGAACAGAAGUAUGCCUUGUGCUCAGGAAUGGAUGUCUUUAAUAGCACAAAAUAACGACAGCCUUGGUCACUCUGUUUGGGAAUUUGAGAUGAUUUUCAACUCUCUUCCAUGCAGCUCGAGAAGGUCAGGAAGCAAUCUUUAAAUUGAGCACAGUUCAAGCCAAC